AUGAUACUAAUUGUAGUAUUUUUCAUCUUAAUUAUGAAUUUUAAAAAUAACCUUCACCCUAUAUUGCUAUCGAUUCUUAUUAAGGAAGACAUUAUAUUUAUAAUAAUGAUGAUAAAAUACUUAUUUUUAGUCAUAAUCCUUUCCAGAAACCUUAAAAUGAUAAAAGUAAGCCUUUAAUAGAAAUAAGUUUAGAUGAUAAAUUUGAAGAUGAUGGUCUUAGAUAGCCAAGGAUAGAUCCUACAUUAUAUAUAAUUAAUAAUUAAAAUAGCCAAAAAGGAGAUUGCGCAUUAUUAGUUGUUGGAGGUUAUACAAUAGAAAAUAAUGGAUAAAUUACUCCAAGAAAUGAUGCGAAAGUAUUCGGAAUUAGAAAAAGAGAUAUUGAUUUAAAACCUGCGUUUAAAAUCGUAUUUAAUUAUCCAACAAUGA